UUUUUUGAGGCGGCCGAAUCUCUCAUUAUCUCGCUCCCAAUUAAGGGGCUUGAAGCCUGAUCUCAACCAAUCCACUAGGGACGGGAGUAUGGGGUUUUUGUUUUGUUUUUUUUCUCGUGUAUACCUUUUGGCUAGUCGUCAAGACUUAGAUGUUGGUAUGAGAUUGUCAUGAUUGUGUGUUCUCGUGAUGCCGGCGUUUCAAUCUUUUCCCUUUUCUGCGUUUGCGUAGCAGAAAAAAAACAUUGCAAAGCAAGUCUGGUGGUGUGCAAUCUGUUGUUGUUCCUUGUCCCGUUUCUUUCGUCAGUUUGGUCGUUCGUUAAUUCUUUGGACGCCGUAUUUCCCCUCUCUGUUAGCUUUACAGAAGGGGUACUCUACGGGCGUCCUAGGGUUUUUUGAACUUUUUUUU